GGAGUACUGUUGCAUUUAUUGUUGAUUGUUAGUGCUUUACAGCUAGUAUUAACAGUUUACCAUGCAUAUUUCCAGGAUGAGAACGGGCAAAAGAUGGUCAAUGAGUAUGUCCGCGAACGCAAGAUUGGUGCUGGUAGCUAUGGAAAAGUGGUUCUUUACCGAAGCCGUAUAGACGGGAAAGAAUAUGCAAUAAAGGCAUUUCACAAGUCUCAUUUAUUGAAGUUACGGGUUGCACCUUCUGAAACAGCAAUGACUGAUGUUCUUCGUGAGGUUUUAAUCAUGAAAAUAUUGAGCCACCCAAAUAUAGUUAAUCUUAUAGAGGUUAUUGAUGACCCGACAACAGAUCACUUCUAUAUGGUUCUUGAAUACGUCGAAGGCAAAUGGGUCUGCGAAGGUUCUGGACCUACACAUGGUCUUGAAGAAAGUACUGCAAGGAAAUACUUGCGUGAUAUAGUUGCUGGUUUGAUGUAUCUUCAUGCUCAUGUAU